UGAUUUUCUUUUUUCAAACAACAAAUAAAUACUCAAUUCACACUCGUUGCUGUGCUUCUGUGUGUUGGAGCUGCUCUUUAAUCAGUAAACCAGAAGGGUGAAGAAGACGAACAGAGCAAAAACUAAGAAUGGAUGGACUGAGGAAGCUAGAAAAUGUACAGAAAAUUAUACAAAUGAUGGAGUCUCACGGUAUCGUUAGUUCUUCUAGCAACACCCAUAAUGCCAGCUCUCUUCGUUUUCUUGCUGAUGUAGUCCUUCUUUUGGUAUCGCAAUGCUGUGAACUUGACAUUGGUGCCAAGUGCCAAUUGAUUAUUGACCAUGUGCCAAAGUUUUCACAUGCUUUCCUUGAGGAAGCAUUGCAGUGUGCUAGUGAGCAAGGUGUGUUCUACAGAAGUGAUGACAGAGUCAUGCACAGUGUUGAACAAAUGGUAAAUACCCGUCCACUUGAUUGUGGUGAUAAGAUUAUACCGGAUCCAUCUAAAAUGGGAUCCAAAGAUAUGUCAAUGAUUGGACUUGAUGCUAUGCAGCGAGCUAAUUCUACAUUAGAAGAUUUUUGCAGGUCUUAUUUUAUGUUUCACAAAAUGGAUCCUCACCAACCUCAGUCUAUGUUCAGAUACCUACCGAUACUUUCAUUUACUGAAAGUUACAUUUAUCAGUUGGAUAAUUUAAAUGAGAAACUGCUGCAGCCAUCAGUGGGGAAGGAUCGAUCGUCAUAUCGUGAAUACAGUGUGGAAGAAAGCUGGGAGCUUACAUAUGUGAGAAUGAUGACCAAUGAUCCGUUUAGACCUCUUUGUAUUUUACUUCAGCAGCAUGGGCUUUUGACAGACAGGGUAAGAGAAGAGUUUAGUAGUGGAAUAGAAUAUUGGUCUCUGGAGAGAAAGCUGUGUCAUGCACUUGGGAGUAAACAAGAGAUUUCAGUUGAAGAUGUCAUGAAGGCAAUUCAUCUGAAGUCCUUUGAUUACCGGGUGCUGAAUCUUCUGUUGUAUCAACUGAGAGAUGAAAAGGUCAAUGAUAUGCAUAUGGAAUUUUUGACAAUAUCGGAGUUCCUUGUGGAGAUAUCCGAUGACUUGUUUGAUUAUGAGGACGAUGUGUUAGAGAAUAGUUUCAAUAUUCUGCGCAUGUUCAAUGGAAUUUAUGGGGCUUCUGCAGCACCAACCAUGCUGGCAAAAGUUAUAACUGAAGCUGAAGAGAAGUAUGAUAGUCUUUUGAAAGCUCUCGAUCCCGAGCUCUCUCUGAAGUAUCAGAAGAGAUGUGAAGAAGCUACUAAAGAAGGCGGGAAGACGUCAGGUCCAUCUCUUGGAACAUGGAGUAUACCUUCUGUUAUUGAAGACGAGGAACUAUAUCGAUCUGAUGUUUUGAAUUCGAAGCCAUCACAGAAUACUCGACAACAGUCAAGCCCUACCAGCCAGAAACCACUAAAAUGGCAGCUGAAACAACGUAAAUCUGCAUAAACGAAAACAAAAAAAGACUAUCUGGAGGUUAGCAUCUAAUCCUCCCCAUCUACCAUCAUAGAAGCCUCCCUAUUUGUCUCUUGAUCCCUCAUUCCACUCAAAGAGGGGCUCGCGUCUGAUUAGCUAAUUGGGUAGUAUUAUUCAAGAUUGUUACUUUAUGCUCUAAAACUAAACAACAACAAACCUAGUGUAAUCCUACGAGUGAGACUUUAUGUUCUACAACUCUUUAUCAAAAAAGAAAAAAAACACUAUGUCAUUUCUUCCUCCCUUCUGCCUAAGCCUUGGCGACGGAAUCACCAAGUACCUGUAACAUGUACCUGGUAGAAUAGUCAAGGUGCACGACAAGCUGACCAAGACACCACCAUCCGAAGAAAAAAAUAUUACGCUUAUUGAUCAAAAAAGGUGAAAAAAGAUUGCUACUUCAUGUUCUAAAACUAGGAGUUAUGGUAUUUUGAACAAUUUUUCUUUUUAAGGGUUGUUUUCUUGCACUGUUGUAUAUUUAUUUCGUUGUGGUGGACACAAAUUAUGGUAGAAGGUUACAAAAUGCUUUGUCUGACCUGUUUUGAUAUGCAUUUUCUCUAUCGGAAA